UCGUGCUUUCACAUCAAUCUUUCUCAACAAUUGCUUUCUCUCUCUAAACUCUCUCUCUCUAGAUUUUUCGUUAGCUUUCUGUAAUGGAAACGGAGCGCGUGACCGGUUUUCCGUUGACGAAUCUGGACCGGCGGCCAAGAAAGAGGGCGCGUCUAGGCUGGGAUGUACUACCCGAGCAGCCAAAGGCUCAGCUAGGAUUGUUUUGUGGACAAGAUGUUGGGAAUGUGACAAGCUAUGCAUCUUCAAGGCAACUCACAGACCUUACUAGCGCUCCCUUUAUUAAUAAGGGAGUUGCUCAAAAUGGUUCUCCCCCUUGGAGAGAAGAUGACAAGGAUGGACAUUUUGUGUUUGAGCUGGGAGAAAAUAUAACAUCACGCUAUAAAAUCCAAAGUAAGAUGGGUGAAGGUACUUUCGGUCAGGUCCUAGAAUGCUGGGACCGUGAGAGGAAAGAAAUGGUAGCUAUUAAAAUUGUUCGGGGCAUGAAGAAAUAUCGUGAUGCUGCAAUGAUUGAGGUUGAAAUGCUUCAACAGCUUGGUAAACAUGACAAUGGUGGCAAUCGUUGCGUACAAAUACGGAACUGGUUUGACUAUCGUAAUCAUAUCUGUAUUGUCUUUGAGAAGCUUGGACCAAGCUUAUACGAUUUCCUUCGGAAAAACAAUUACCGUUCAUUUCCCAUUGAUCUUGUCCGUGAGAUUGGAAGACAACUGUUGGAUUGUGUAGCAUUUAUGCAUGAUUUGCGUCUGAUCCAUACUGACUUGAAGCCUGAGAACAUACUUCUCACCUCCCCAGAAUAUGUGAAGGUUCCUGACUACAAGGUUUCUUCAAGGUCACCAAAAGACGGCUCUUACUAUAAAAGAAUUCCAAAAUCAAGUGCUAUAAAGGUAAUUGAUUUUGGUAGCACAACAUACGACCGUCAAAAUCAGACAUAUGUUGUGUCAACUCGUCAUUACCGUGCACCUGAAGUAAUUCUAGGUCUUGGAUGGACCUACCCAUGUGAUAUAUGGAGUGUUGGGUGUAUCCUUGUGGAGCUUUGCUCGGGAGAAGCAUUGUUUCAAACACACGAGAAUUUAGAACACCUUGCUAUGAUGGAGAGGGUUCUGGGCCCCCUGCCUCAGCACAUGCUGAAAAGAGUCGACCGUCAAGCGGAGAAGUAUGUUAGAAGAGGACGGUUGGACUGGCCUGAAGGGGCAACGUCUCGUGACAGUAUCAAAGCUGUGUUGAAGUUGGCCCGCCUUCAGAACAUAAUCAUGCAGCAUGUGGAUCAUUCUGCUGGGGAUUUUAUUAAUCUAUUGCAAGGACUUCUUAGAUAUGAUCCUUCAGAAAGAAUGACUGCUCGGGAAGCCCUGCGGCACCCAUUCUUCACCCGCGAUCAUCUUCGGAGGUAGAACGAGUUUUGCUUUUACUCAUAUGCACAUAUGCCCUUGCAUGACGGUGCCCUCCAGCCUUGAAUGCUAUUUGGUGUGGCGGGGACUCGAAGUGGAGCCAUCUCGCUCUCUUGGCUCAUUCCAGUUUUCUUGAAUUUGACUCAAGCGGGUGUAAAUAGAUCCGAAAUGCUGGUUUCUUGCGGGGCGUUCUUUUAAUACUAGGUUAUGGUGGUGGGGAUGGUGCCCUGCCAGUGUGUAUAAGAUGAUGUCUAACCCUCGAUUACUGGCAAAUUGCAACUAGUAUCGAGUAUUUCUUCUUACUUGAAUUAAUGUGAAAUGAGAUUUACCCAUUGCUUAA